GUCCCUCACAGCCUCCGCCCGCCUCUGCCUCUGCUGUGUAUCUGUCCAAAACCACUGAGAGGCUAAAAAGGAGCCGCAGAGCGACAGUGGCACAGGACGAGAGAGUGGCGAUGGCCGCUGAUGGAGGAGGAUGCGGAGAGUCCGUGGAUCAGUACCGAGCCGAGGUGGAGCGGCUCAACCUGGAGCUGGCCGAAGCGAACCGGGAGAAGAUCAGGGCUGCGGAGUGCGGUCUGGUGGUCCUGGAAGAGAACCAGGCGCUGAAACACAAGUACACGGAGCUGGAGAACGAGCAGGAGGCGCUGAGGAAAGAGUUGGAGCUGUUGCAGGAGGCAUUUGGCCAGGUUUACACCAAUCAGCGUAAGGUGGCGGAGAAUGGGGAGACCAAUGAGGAGACGCUGCUGCAGGAAUCCGCUUCUAAAGAGGCCUACUACACGAGCCGCCUGUUGGAGCUUCAGACGGAGGUGAAGCUAAGUCGUUCUGUGGCGUCCAAUGCCCAGGCAGAAAAUGAGCGACUUAACGCGCUCUUACAGGAGCUACGAGAGAGCAAUGAGAUGUCGGAGCUCCAGAGGAGCAGGAUGAGGGAGGAGAUCAAGGAGUACAAGUUCAGAGAGACGAGGCUUCUUCAGGACUACACGGAGCUGGAGGAGGAGAACAUCACGCUGCAGAAACUGGUCUCUACACUCAAGCAGAACCAGGUUGAGUAUGAGGGACUCAAACAUGAAAUCAAGGUGCUGGAGGAGGAGACUGUACUUCUCAACAGCCAGCUGGAAGACGCGUUACGUCUCAAGGAUAUCUCUCAGGGUCAGUUAGAAGAGGCCCUAGAUGCCCUGAAGAGUGAGCGUGAGCAGAAGAACAACCUAAGAAAGGAACUCGCCCACCACAUCAGCCUGAGUGACAGCGUCUACGGCGCAGGGGCCCAUCUGGCGCUCACUGUUACUGGCGUUGAGGGCCUCAAAUUCCCAGAGGAGACAAAUGGAACCAACGGCACCAGUGGCAGCACAGUCCCUGCUGCUAAUGGCAAUAAUGAGGACAGCAACUGGUGCAAUGGUCACCUUCAUACAGGCACUGGGUUGACGAAGAUGAAUGGGGAGUACCGCCAGGGCCGGAAAGGAGAAGCCCUGCACCCUGUGCCGGACCUCUUUAGUGAGCUCAACCUGUCAGAGAUACAGAAGCUCAAACAGCAGCUGCUACAGGUGGAGUGUGAGAAGGCGGCACUGCUCAUGAACCUGCAGGAGUCACAGACCCAGCUGCAGCACACACAGGGUGCCCUGACCGAGCAGAACGAGCGGCUCCACCGCCUCACCGAACGCGCCAAUGCCAUUAAGCGUCUCAGCGGAGACAAAGAGCUCGAUGACCCUCAGGAGAGUGAGAAGCCCGAUGGUGGGUCACCACCAGCGAAUGGUCAACAUGAUCAUGACAUCCACGGGUUCGAGAUACUGGAGUUUAAGUACAAGGUGGCGGUGACGGAAGUGAUCGACCUGAAAGCAGAGCUCAAGGCCUUGAAGGAGAAGUAUAACCAGGCUGUGGAGGGACAAGGAGACAACCAUGGUGACGACAGGGUCCAGUCACUCACUGAACAGGUAGCUCAUCUGGAGCGCAGUUGUCGUGACGCGCGGGAGGGGGUGGCUAGCCUGGAGGCCGAGCUCCGCGGGGCAACGAACACAGCCACAGAGAGCCAUGAGAUGCUGAACGCUGCACAGGAUGAGUUGGUCACCUUCAGCGAAGAGCUGGCACAGCUCUAUCACCACGUCUGUCUGUGCAACAACGAGACACCGAAUCGCGUCAUGCUGGACUACUACCGCCAGUGCCGCGUCACACGCAAUGGCAGCCUGAAAGGCUCUGAUGACCCUCGGGCUCUGCUCUCACCUCGCCUGGCCCGACGCCUUGCUGCAGUAUCUGCAGCGUUAUCCUCUGAGUCCCCCCGCACUCUCAUGGACUCCCCAUCCAAAGACCCCCAUCACAAUGAGACUCCAGCCAACAUGGUGGACUCUCCGCUCUCUUGUCAUAGCAGCCCCACGCGCAACCUCACAGCCUCUCCGGUCAUUAGCAUCUCUCCAUGCCCAUCACCUUUGCCCUCAGAGGCAGGCGGGGACCUACGGAAGGAGCCCAUGAAUAUCUACAACCUGAAUGCAAUCAUUAGAGACCAGAUCAAACACCUGCAGAAGGCUGUUGACCGCUCAUUGCAGUUGUCCAGGCAGAGGGCUGCAGCCAGGGAGCUGGCACCAAUGCUUGACAAAGACAAAGAGACUUGCUUGGAGGAGAUACUCAAGCUCAAGUCUCUGCUCAGCACUAAGAGAGAGCAGAUAGCCACACUCAGGCUGGUGCUCAAGGCUAACAAACAGACAGCGGAGGUUGCGCUCGCUAAUUUGAAGAGCAAGUAUGAGAAUGAGAAGUCGAUGGUGACAGAAACUAUGAUGAAGCUGAGAAAUGAGCUGAAGGCUCUGAAAGAAGAUGCUGCCACCUUCUCGUCCCUCAGAGCCAUGUUUGCCACAAGAUGUGAUGAAUAUGUCACCCAGCUGGAUGAGAUGCAGAGGCAGCUGGCCGCAGCAGAGGAUGAGAAGAAGACGUUGAACUCGCUCCUGCGUAUGGCUAUUCAGCAGAAACUGGCCUUGACCCAGCGCCUGGAGGAUCUGGAGUUUGACCAUGAGCAGACCCACCGUGGCCGCGGCGCUAAAGUUCCCAAGAUCCGCAGCCCGCCCAAAUUUCUUGUAGAUUGUCAGCAGCCUGCUGCCUCAAUAUCGUCACUUUCACCACAACUGAGGCGAGGGAGAGCCUCCCUAGCCCGCAGUCCUAAGUUUUUGGCAGACCUUCAGGAUAACCACGCACUUCUGUCCAGCGGCAGUAACCUUCUCUCCCCCUGCGACCCGUGUAACUGUCUGGUCCACCAAUCCCACCUGCACUGAUCCUGACCUGCUGCGGCACCAGGCUCGACCCUGCGUCCGAUUGGAGUCACGCAGACAGAUGAUCUCUGGAUGGCAGUUCGUUCAAUUUAAGUCGCUAAAUCAUAUACAGUCCAGCCUGGUGCUUGAUGGACUCUGUGACCCUCAACCCCCAAGUGCUGCACAGCAGAAGGGUUGCAGAAGAAGAGCAGGGUUGCUCCUGUCCUGGGGGAAAAAAAAUGCCAGAGACAAAUCAGGGGAAUCCAUUCCCUUAUUCCCACAAGUAUUUAUUAUUUAUUGAUUAUUUAUUUGCGUAUUGAUUUGUGGCAAGAUUCUGAAUUAUUUAUUAUUUAUUUUCUGUGUUGGUUGGUCAUUCUUCAGGAUGGAAAAUUAAAUCCUGUUUUGAAGGUGAAGAGUAAAGUGAUAGUAUACAUGUACAAAGGAAAACCAGUGCAACAAAAAGCAGAAAUUCCUCAUUUAUUUCACUGUUCAACCCUACAUUGGUUAGAUUUAUCAGUAUAAUCAAAGAUAUACAGUAUAGGGGUGUGAGAGUAUGUUGGGUUUGACGUUGCUAACAGACAAAUGAAGGUAUAAGCUUUUUAUUACAAGAGAACUAUUCGCUGUAGUGGUGAGGGUUGGAUUUCAACUACCUGUUUAAUGCCACUAGUCUUUCUUGGGAUGACUAUUUUUUUAUAAGAGCUUUUAUUUGCAGAUCAUGUGCAUUAAGACUAUUUUAUACUUGCGUUUAGUUUAAUUUAUUUUUUCAGCAGACUGAGGAUAUGGCUGCGUCUGUCGGUCUUUAGAGGCCGAGGUUGAUAAAAGGAAGUUUGAGUUCAGGACUAGGGCUGUUGUUCUGGGUUUUAGCCAUUUGAAUUGCACAGGUUGAGGUGACCAUGGAGUGAUCUGACCUCUUUAUUUUAUCAUUAGCUUUCAGCUGAGGAUACCCUCAAAGGCUUAUUUGGUUACUGUCACCUCUAUGUCAGCACUGUAUUCCAACCGCUUUGUCUCCUCUGCAAGGUUUUCCACUGUAUCUGUCACCUCCCCAACCCUUUAGUUUCCCCCACAAGGACAAAGAUAUGACUCAAAUUGACUUUGACAGUAUUUCAAGCUGCCCUUAUAUGUCUAUAAAGAGACUGUAACUUCUCUUUGUUGAGAUGACAUGCUUCCUCCAAACAGUUUAUAGUACUGUCCAAGCACAAUUAUACAGUAUGCAUUAUAGCAAUACAGUAGUUGCACCAGUCAGGGACUGAACUGGAAAAUGAUUUACAUAAUAUUCCAACCAUAUCUGUCACAAUUAACUAACCAGCAGGCUGACGGUAAGAAUAAGACGGAAAAAAUCAACUUUGUCAAAGCAACAGUGGGAACACAGAGCUACCGUCGAUUUAUUUUGACAGAACUGAGAUUUCAUUUCUUAUCGAAACACUUUUUUGGUGACCAUGUCUGACUCAGAUGGAUGUAACAGAGUUCCCUCUCUCUCACCUUUCUAAUGUCUUAAAUGUGGAUGUUGUUUUCACUGCUCUGGUUUCGUACUUCCUCCACAUGGAUGUGAAACAGAUAAAACUACAUACAGUGGUAUUGUGGUGUAGUGACAGAUAAAAAAAAAACAUUUCCCAUUAGAGCCGCAGAGACUGAGUGGAGUCUUUCUGUUCUCUGUGUAUGUACAAGUUGUCCUUGUUAACAGUGUAGGUUGUUGCUUGUGAAACUACAGAGUGAUUAAAAACAUGUAUGUAUAUCUGUAGUUCCAAAGGUCGCUUCUGAUCUCGUGCAGACUCAUUGGUGAGUUAACUCUCAUGAAUUUGUUGGCACAAUAUAGAAGUGAUGGAUAGAGACUAACUAAUCCAGUGAAAGGAAGAUACAGAAAAAAACUGCUUUAAACGGAAUGAUAGCUGUACUACAGUGGGUUUUACAGUUUUUCCUCUAUUUUAAAACAGCAUUUAAUGAGUUUCACAAGUAAAUUAAAGACAUGUCCUUGAAUUUA